CUGCGGCCACUCCGCUUUGAUGGACAGACUUUUUCUCCGGCGAAUUCUCUCCGGCAGACUCCCUCCGGCAACCUGAAAAAAUGUACCAGUGCGUUAAAAAAUGUACCAAUCCGUUAGUCUACUGAUAAUUAAUAUAUCAGUGCUAGUGGUACGCUAAUAGUGCGUUAAAAAAUGUACCAGUGCUAGUAGUACGCUACCAGUACUAGUGGUACGCUACCAGUGCUAGUGGUACGGUACCAUCACCACUUGUAGCGGUACCAUUAGCAGUACCAGUACCACUGGUAGCGGUACCAUUGCCACUGGUAGCGUACCACUAGAGACUAGCACAAAAAAAAUCAGAUCUGAAAUAUGAAAAAUCACAUAUCUGGAAAAAAAAUCAGGGAUGACGAAAGGGGGAGGCAGGGGAGAGGCGGUGACCUCGUGGCGACGGUGGUGGUGGGAGACAGAGGGCGACGGGAGGGUUGCGACGACGAUGGUGGUGGGAGGAGGAGGCCGCGAUGGCUGCGGGGCGGUGGUGGGAGGAGGACGAGGCGAUGGCUGCGGGGCGGUGGUGGGAGGAGGAUGGCGCGACGACGGGAGGGCUGUAGCAGUGAUGAGAGGCGGAGGGCUUGGCGGGUCGGCAGGACGGCUGCGACGACGGUGGUGGCAACCGAUAGAGAGAGGGAAGAGAUGGGAGGAAUAAGAAGAAUAGGAAGAAGAAAUAUGACGUGAGAGAGAGAGAGAGAGGAAAGAGAGAAUGUAGGGUUUUAGGUAUUAAUAGGGGUAAUAAUCUAGUGUGGUCAAUUUUUUCGUCCAAAAAUACCCUUAAUCCAAUUUGUACCAUUGAUUUGAAAAAAGAAGAAAGAGACAAGAGAGAGAAUAGAUCUUAUGGUUAUAA